AUGUUGCAGAUCGAGUUGCAAGCAUGCCAGUCCGGGCAGCAGAACCUGAUCCUCGGUCUGCAAGAGCAGCCAGGGUUGUUUCACCGCUGCUUGCAGAGCGAUGCGGACCAGAAUCUAAUCUCGAAUCUUGUGGGAAAGUGCAGUGAUGUGGACAGGGAGCAAGUGGAGCACAGACUGGAGCAUGCGCAGAAGCAAAUCCAGAAACUCGAAAAGAAGUUGCAAUGGGAAGCCACGAAGCGCGACGACAACUGCUUCCUGAGCCAGACUGCCAUCAGCGCUCUUGACGAGCAGGUGCAAGACCUGCAGUCUGCUAUUGAGAUCUUGGAAGAGGAGCAGCUGGGCUGCAGUGACAGCAGGCUUGCAGCAGAGAUUCCAGGCAGGCGCUUCGGAAAGCAUUUGCAGGGAUGGCUUGCGCAACUUACCUCGGAGAUGCCGAGGCGCAACAUCGAAUCCCGAAAUUCGAUCAAAUCCGUUGCGCGGCUCGUGGAUGCCGUCCACCUGAAAAUCAUUACAGAGAUGCCCAAGCUAGAGAACCAGGAAUCUUCCUGCAUUCACGUGCCAGCUUUCGAGCGAGUGGUAGAAGUUCCAGAGGUCCGCUACGACGUGGAAGUGCACACUCAAAAGGUGGUCCCACAAGUGCAGUACGUCGAGAAGAUCUUUGAAGUCCCAGAGGAACGCAUCGUCGAGCACCGGCAGAUCCAUCAAGUGGCAAGUUUGGGUGGCCAGCUCCGGCCCAGUCCGCCCCGGCGCCCGGCUAUGCACCGGGCAGGCAAGCCAGCAAUGCCCAUGGAGGGAAAUGUCUCCGUGCCGCCCUACAAUCCACUGAAUCAGCAGCUGAGCUCCGAUGACGAGCUGGAUUACGCUAUGCCACCCCCGCCUGGCUUUGGGCCGGCGGCCCAACCUCGUCGAAGCUCCGCGAAGGAGGCACAAGACGACAUGGCGGAGGUCGAGCUCUGGGCCGCGAUUACGAUCGCUCGAGCCGCAAUGGCACGAG